GAGGGCAUUUCCCGACAUGUCAACUUUUGUGCUGCUUUCACUUUCUUAUAGUGCUGUUUUUGAUUAAUUUCUAUGAAAUUUAAUUUGCAUGUUAACCAUAUGAAAACUAUUUCGAUUCUGCAUUCUAGGCUGGUCUUACCAGACAGUAUAAAGCUAUUCUUGGCAAACUAUUAUUCAUAUAGUAAAACGCGUGUGCGCGUGGCUUUGUGUGUGCGCGCGCAACUGCAUGUGCUAAUAGCAGGCUAUUUCAGUGUUACUUCCCCAUACCAGAAUGACGCCACGGUCCACGGACUUCACAUAAACGAGUAAUGGAUUCGUUUAAUCAACGAGCACCAAAGGCAUUAAGUAACGUUUUUAUUCGGUUUUAUGACUUCAUGGUGUUCAAGAUGUCAUCCUGUCGUGAACUGAUUGUACCUGUAGUCUUCUGUGCCCAGGUGGCCAGCUCGUUUUUUGACACCGCUCUCCAAAUGGUUGUCAAAGAGCGAAGCGCCACGAACUCCACAGACCCAGACCGCGAGCAGAAAGCCAUCACCAACUUCAACAUGACCUUCAACAUGAUACUCAAAUUCAUGCCCAUUGUGCCUGCGAUCAUCUUGGCAAAGGUUGGAGACAAAGGUUACAGAAAAGUGCCAAUUGUCGUUCCGCUAGUUGGAUACUUUCUGUCCAGAGGUUUGCUUCUGCUGGAUAUUUUACUGGAAUGGCCUCUCCAGGUGUUGUACGCAGUCCCUGUGAUUCACGGACUUUGUGGUGGAUUCGCAUCAUACUGGGCAGGCGUGAUGGCACUGGUGUCGGUGCGCGCACGUGAAGACGAGCGCUCUUUGAGCAUUAUGAGAACCGAGCUGGUGUAUGGCAUUGCUGGCUUCAUCGGCAGUUUAGCUUCUGGACAUUUAUUUAAUCUCUACACCGUUGACCUGAAACACGGAGUAGUUUUAUCAGGAUUAAGUGUUCUGCUUUACUUCUUCUCUCUGCUCUAUGCGGCAUUGUUUCUGCGGAUCGGUCAUCUCGCUGCGCUUGGAGACGGACAGGAGAGACGUGAGAGUGCCGGGAUCAUAAACCAAGACGCUCAUGAUAGGAUAAACAUAAUUUUGCUUUACGUCAGUGGAAUUUUGUAUGAUAUAGCUGUGGCGGGGGGGAUGGAGAUGUUGGCGGCGUAUGUGCUUAAAGACCCCCUAAACUGGGGCGCUACAGAAGUGGGAUACGGAAACGCGAUCGGGUCCCUCAUCUUCAUUACCAGUUUUGUUGGUGUGAAGUUGUUUACUCGAUGUUCUGUUAGAGACGAGGGUAUGAUCAUUAUCGGUAUGAUCUCAUUUGCAGUUGGGAUUUACUUUAUGGCAUUUGUGACCACAACUCCAAUGUACUUUUUGGCUCGCUCUCUCACACUGUUUGCUCUUAUACCAAUGCCCACCAUUCGCUCUCUGCUCUCCAAACAAGUCAAGGGAACUUCAUACGGUAUUACCUUUGUCAUGCUCCAAUUGUCCUUUAAACUUGCUAGCUUGGUCACCACACCCAUCUAUACCAAGAUCUAUCAGGCCACACUUGACACCUUCCCUGGGUUUGUCUUCAUACUGUCCAGCAUAUUCACUGUCCUGUCUAUGAUACCCAUCAGUUAUGUUGUUUUGGGUUUUCCUGUAAAGUGUUGUAGGAUGGCGCUCAGCAAGACACAGUGGAUAUGAGAGAAUUCAAGGGAACUAAAAACAUCAAAUCCUUAAAGAAAUCAUGACAUAUCUCUUUUAAAAGAAUGUGAUUCAGAUAUGGAUUGUACUUUUUUUGUAGAAAUGCACUGUUACAUAAGAUUGUGUCCUAACAGGACAUGAGACAUUAAUGUCAACCUUUCAACCCGGUGUCAGAAUAUGCCUAUUUCCGUAUGUGAUAGUAUGGAGAAGUGUAGUUUUUAUAAGUCAUGUUUGUUCCUCAAGAAACCACAUACUUCCCAAACCUUCUCCAAAACAUGCCAAAUAUAUAAAAUUAACCCAGAUAGGGUGAUCAGGUCUUGUUUUAUACUGAAGAGGGUUUUUUGCAAUAUAAAACUGGUUGGAUGUACAUAAUUACACUUAUUACAUGGCUAUGUGUCACAUGAAUAAACAAUUGGACACAGAUUAUUUUGGGCAAUUUAUUAUUUCAUUUGUAACAUAUAAAUACCAUUCAUACCAGGUUUGAAUCCGUUAAAAUAAGUGAUAUGUUAAACAUAUAGGAAGAACAGAUAAAGAUGACUCACAGAUGAGUGGUAUAUUAUCAGGGAUAACUAACCUACCAAUCAGAAUUAAAAUCAGGGUGUUGAGGUCCUGAUCAUCCAGUCUGGCUUUAGUUUGGAAUAUCAUUAGUUGAAUGUUUUGAAGAUGUCUCUUACAUGUUAGUAAAGAAAUUUGUUAUGCAGAUCUGACUAGAAAUAAUCAAGGUAUCGAACUGCACAAUAAAUAGUUUGUUUUAAAUGUUUUAUCCAUGAAGGAAAAUACAUUUUAUUUUAGAAUGUCAUUUUUCAGUGGCAGAAAAUGAAAGUUCCUUAAUGCUGAAGUGUAAAUGCAAGUUUACUAUUAGUGCCAUCACAGAUACAUUUGUAGAUGUCCUACUUGAAUUGAUUUGUUUACUUGAAAAGGUAGAAAGUACUGUUUUGAGCAGGUAAUGCAACACAUCCAUUUAUACAAUUUUUAGAAUGUUUCAUGUAUGAACGUUUGAGAUAUAUGCUGACAUUCUGUAUUAUUAAACAGAACAGUAUUUGUAAUAAACAAAUAUUUUAUUAUUACUGUUUUAUACUAAAUUAAAUGCAACAAUGUUUCUAUAUUAAA